GGUAUGUUUCAAAUUUCAAAAAAGAAUGUUGCCGAGAUGCUGAGUGUUGUUUGUUUUUAUACCUAAUAGUCAAGAAUAGCUUUAAAAAUGUUUAUUAACGAUGUGAAUAAAAAGGAAGAAAUUCGAAACAUUGCCAUACAGCAUUUAAGAAAGGAUGGUAUCAAAUAUAGACCAAAAAAGGGGCGUCCACCCCCUCAGAUAACUAGAUAUGGAAAAAAAUUCUUUAAAGUGCCAUUAGUUAACUUGGAGACUGAGACAGUAACAUUAUCAAAUGGUCAACAACUGACAAUACCAAAGAGAAUUCAUGAAUUAUGUACUUACAUUUUAUCCAGAGUACAGACUGAAGGAAUUUUUAGAAAGGAGGGCUCAAAAUCUCGACAAAAUGAAAUCAAAUUGUUGCUUGACCGUGGCUGUAGUUUAGGAGAUGAACACCAUGUAAUAGAUAUAGCAGUGGUUUUAAAAUGUUUUUUAAGAGAACUACCAGAACCACUCAUUCCAUCUAAUUACCAUGAGCUGUUUUUACGCUGUAGCAUAGUUGAAAACAAGUUAGAAUCUUUGUUGUUGUCGUGUUUAUUGUUGCCAAGUGAAAAUUUAAAUGUUUUAUCUUAUUUAAUGCAGUUUUUUUAUGAAGUGGCUGGAUAUUCUUCAUGUAACAAAAUGAAUUUUGGAAACCUAUCGAUUUUGGUAGGGCCUAAUAUAUUUCCUAUUGAUGAGAAAAUGGUUCCAAAAUCCUCUCUUAUGAUUACAAAGAUAUGUGAUAUAACAAAAUUGUUAAUAGAAAAUUCUAAGAAUAUUGGAGUUAUUCCUGACAAUAUAAUAGAACAAGUGGGACAAAUAAGAGAAGCUGAGUCUGAAAAAAGAAGAAAAAAUAAAAGGAGAAGUGGUUCGUUAACAAGAAUGUUCAGUGGUCUAAAGAAAAUUGUCAGUAGUAAGUCAGAUGAAGAUUUAAUUGGAAAUAAUAUAGUUACACCUGAUUUGUUAACGCCUACUGUAUCAUAUUUGAAGAAAAGGAAGGCAGAGAGUGGGUUGUCACUGAAAAAAAAGAAAGAUGUUUUAACAAAAUUGCCUGAUUGUGCCCUAUUAAAUACACCCUUUAGUCCAACCAGGACUCCGGUCAGCGUGAAUCCAAAUGGUUUAAAGACGAAUAGUGUCCUAAAUCUGGACCCAGAAUGUGAUAACAUUCACAAGGAAAAGAAAAUGCACUGGUACAUGAGAAGCAAAAGUAUGAAGAGUUUAAAAGAAGAUGAAAUACCUACACGAAGGAACAGUUUGGGCGCCAAAUCUUUGUUGGAAAGAAGAUGGUCUGCUGUGAGUAAUGCUGCCAACUUGAGAAAGAAAAAACGGAACUCUUGUGCUGGUACUAAAAAAGAACUCAUGCUAUCACAAAAGAAUCUCGGUUUGAAACUAGAGGAGCCGGACUACAUUAGAGUACCUAAAGUGGAGUAUGAGGAUUUUAAAAAUAGGAUUACAGAAAUAGAAAGACGAAUCUCUUUGGAGUUGGAAAAUGCACAUACUAUGGAUACUAGAACAGUGGAAACCCAGAAACAACUUAUGGACAAUAACAACAUAGAAAACGUCCAAACCGCUUACAAAAAAACUUUAGAGUCGGCUUCGAUCAGUCCCAUCACAGAUCAGCUAGCUAGGAGGCUAAGCAGGGAUCUCAGAAUUCGCAGGAGCGCAGAUAAUAAGAUAAUUCGAUCUCCCAGCGCUCGAAAAAUAGGGAGUAUUAGAAGAAGGUCGACAGAAAGAGAGAAAAAAGGGGCUCAGGUCGUUAGGAACCAGUCCUGGCACGUAGGGACAGUGUCCCUCAUUCCUAGGAUCGAGAUAACGAGGAAAAAACAGGAUGCAACAGACUUAACUCCAACAUUACAAAAAUCGCCUGCAAUGUCUAAAAGAUCCCUAGGACUCAAACCAAGAAGCCCUACGACCUUUACAGGAAACGCUAAGAACUUGCCACAAUCGAGCCCUCAGAUUUCAACCAACGUAUCCGGCUCUACGAGUUUUGACACGACAGCGACGUCAUCGGAUCAUUGGAUCAGUGCAGAGGGUUUCUUUACCAGCCCUAGUAGUCCGCAAGACGUGUCCGCUAAUGGUAGGGCUUCUGUGGCUAAACUGAGAAGUCAGAAUAUGGGUAUGGUGAGAGCCAAAGCACGCUUGUUUGAUAACUUAAAAGACUGUGAUUCUUCUAUAUCUUCAAAUCAAUCUUCACAAUCUCAACCCAGUUCGAUAAAAAGGUCUAUAAACAGAUCUGGUAAUGGUAUAUCUGUUAAAAGUAGUGACUCUACUAGAAUGUCUCAUAGGAUAAGAGCUUUAAGAUCUGAAGAGAAAAAAUAUAAGAAAAAUAGCAUUUCUCCGAGACGUAAGUAUGGAAACGUUUCUCAAAAGCAAAAACUACAAGCUCUGGGAAAACAGUAUAUCAAAAGCAAUAAAGAGACUAGUUCCAGUGAUAUAUUACAGGAUUAUACAGAGAUGACUACACCUCGUAGAGAUCUGAAUGGCAUUGAAAAAGCGAUAUCGUCACCACGAAGAGGUCAGAAUCAAAAUAUGCCAUAUAUUAAAGUACCGCUUACUGUAAAAACACCAAAAAGACUCUGUAGAACGCCUGGAGUUGAUAGAAAGACUCCACUACGUGUUUUAGCUACGCCUAUAUAGAGGUUCUCAUUUUUAAUGUUGAUUUCUGAUUUUUAUUUGUUUAAACCUUUUUUUUGCAACAAGUGUAUCGUUAUUUAACUAUCUGUUUUUUUUAUUAAUACUUUUGACAAGAGUGAGUUUUCUUAUUUUUAGUUUUUUGUUUUGUUGCUCAAUUUUAAUCAAGAAUCUCAACUCAGCUCAACUACUGAUUUGAAUAUCAACUGUAAAUGUAUUUU